CAUGACCGCCCCGGCGCUGCUGCCCCUGUCCGGACGGAGGAUCCCCGCCCCGAGCCUGGGGCCGCCCGCCUUCCCGCACCACCGCGCCACGCUGCGCCUCUCGGAGAAGUUCAUCCUCCUCCUCAUCCUCAGUGCCUUCAUCACGCUGUGCUUCGGGGCCUUCUUCUUCCUGCCGGACUCCUCCAAGCACAAGCGCUUCGACCUGGGCUUGGAAGACGUGCUGAUCCCCCACGUGGACGCCGGCCGGGGCGCCCGGGACCCCGGCGUCUUCCUCAUCCACGGGCCGGACGAGCACCGGCACAGGGAAGAGGAAGAGCGUCUGAGAAAUAAAAUUCGAGCUGAUCAUGAGAAGGCUCUGGAAGAAGCAAAAGAAAAAUUAAGAAAGUCAAGGGAGGAAAUCCGUGCAGAAAUUCAGACAGAGAAAAGUAAGAUACUCCAGGAACUGAAGACAAAAGAAAAUAAGCCACUGCCACCAGUUCCUGUUCCAAACCUUGUGGGAAUCAAUGGGGGAGACCCAGAAGAUACUGACAUAAGAAAGAAAAGGGAAAAAAUCAAAGAGAUGAUGAAACAUGCCUGGGAUAAUUACAGGACAUAUGGAUGGGGACACAAUGAGCUUCGACCUAUUGCACGGAAGGGUCAUUCUACUAACAUAUUUGGAAGUUCGCAGAUGGGUGCUACCAUAGUAGAUGCAUUGGAUACCCUUUAUAUCAUGGGACUUCAUGAUGAAUUCGUAGAUGGACAAAGAUGGAUAGAAGACAACCUUGAUUUCAGUGUGAACUCAGAAGUGUCGGUGUUUGAGGUUAACAUUCGCUUUAUUGGAGGCCUGCUUGCAGCGUAUUACCUCUCAGGAGAAGAGAUAUUCAAGGUCAAAGCAGUACAAUUGGCUGAGAAGCUCCUGCCUGCCUUCAAUACACCUACUGGUAUUCCCUGGGCAAUGGUGAAUCUGAAAAGUGGAGUAGGACGGAACUGGGGCUGGGCAUCUGCUGGUAGCAGUAUCCUGGCUGAAUUCGGCACACUGCACAUGGAGUUUGUUCACCUCAGCUACCUGACAGGGGACCUGGUUUACUUCAAAAAGGUCAUGCAUAUCCGGAAAUUACUUCAGAAAAUGGACCGUCCAAAUGGCCUUUAUCCAAAUUAUUUAAACCCAAGAACAGGGCGCUGGGGUCAGUAUCACACGUCUGUUGGGGGUCUGGGGGACAGUUUUUAUGAGUACUUGCUGAAAGCGUGGCUGAUGUCGGAUAAAACUGACCACGAGGCCAGGAAGAUGUAUGACGAUGCUGUGGAGGCAAUAGAAAAACACCUGAUCAAGAAGUCCCGAGGAGGGCUGGUCUUCAUCGGCGAGUGGAAGAACGGACACUUGGAGAAGAAGAUGGGCCACUUGGCCUGCUUUGCCGGUGGCAUGUUUGCCCUGGGUGCAGACGGCUCCAGAAAAGACAAAGCCGGCCACUACUUAGAGCUAGGGGCAGAAAUUGCACGAACUUGUCAUGAGUCAUACGACAGGACUGCACUAAAGCUGGGUCCGGAGUCCUUCAAGUUUGAUGGUGCCGUGGAGGCCGUGGCUGUGAGGCAGGCUGAGAAGUAUUACAUCCUGCGUCCAGAAGUGAUUGAGACCUACUGGUACCUGUGGCGAUUCACACACGACCCAAGAUACCGGCAGUGGGGCUGGGAAGCUGCACUGGCCAUCGAGAAGCACUGCCGAGUCAGCGGAGGGUUCUCCGGGGUCAAAGACGUGUACUCCCCCACUCCCACGCACGAUGACGUCCAGCAGAGCUUCUUCCUGGCUGAAACGUUAAAAUACCUGUAUCUGCUGUUCUCCGGUGAUGACCUCCUGCCUUUAGACCACUGGGUAUUCAACACCGAGGCGCACCCGCUGCCAGUGCUGCACCUCGCCAACACCACGCUGGCAGGCGAGCCUGCGGUGCGGUGAGGGUGGGCGCGCUCGCUGGGCUUUGUUUACAUGGACCGCUGCAGAGACUGGUCUGCAGAGGCGGCCCUCGAAAACCCGGACCUCUGCGUCCACUUGGACAGGGACGCUCUUCCCCAUGGACUUUCCAGCUUGUAGAUAUAUCAACUUUGAAAAUUAUUCCAUUUUAUACCUGACCAAAACAUGUGCCGGCACGUGCCGGAUGGAGAGCCCAUGUGCUUUGAUUCUGAACGUGCUGGUGACCUGAUCACAGGGCCUCGUGCUAUGCUCAGCCAAACAAGCCACCAGCACCGAGUACCGGGCCAGUGCUGCAGGCGGACCCACGCAUCCCCUCCUUCCUCACAGCUCCGAGUGGCUUCACAGCAUAUAUUUCCCAUUGCUUGUCCCUUUUGCUCCAUUUUGAUAAAGGAAUUAAGCAAGCUAAACAAAAACAACAGCAACAGAAAACCCACAGUGUAAGCGCCACUGCAGUGAGGUCGGGCUGACUCAGGAAAAGGACCAGAAUUACCUAUCCCACUCUGAAUUUUCCAGCUCCCAAUUGGAUAACCAGACUGGCAGCCACUUCAGUCCCCAUCUAUGUCAUUGAAAUUCCCUGGUUGAAUCCGAUCUACGGUGGGCAGCCUCGCAAAGUCCUCUCCAAGUCAUCUCCACGAGUGUGUGCCGGAGCCACCUGCGGGUGUGGCCUGGGGCUUGGUCAGAGGUUCGGUCUGGUGUUGGAGCUCGACGGGCUUGACGGGAAGUGCAGGAGGUGCUGGCUGUGGCCCUGAACACUGUUCCUGUAGGAAUUCUUGGUUCUUCUAAGCCAAGUCACUUAAUCUACUUGAUUCCCCUGAUACUGCUGGUUGGUGGUCACACAUCUUCCAGCCUUGCUUCAGGGGCUGGGCCGAGUUCACCACGCUGCUGUGCAGCCCUGAGCUACUUCUGCACGGGCCCUCCACCAGGGACGAGGACAGAGCGUCUUCUAUUUAUUAUCUCAUCACAUCGGUGAGAGGUUCACCAAUAUUUUGUCUUUUAGUUUCUCUGAGAAUAUUUAUAUACAUCCAAAGAGUUCAUGAGAAUAGCUCCAAAACCAUUUUCAGUGCUAAGUGUAUGGUGUAAUUAAUCAUAUCCCUCCAACCGGGGAAUGGACCAGACCCUAUCAGACUUUCUCUUACCAUCAGAUUUCACAUUAAUCUGUCUUUAUAAAGAAAUGACUAUUUCUUUAUAUUUUGUUAGAAUAAAACUUAAAUUAUGAGAAACUAUAAUGUAAGAAAAUUACUAAUGCUUAUAAAAUCUCUGUCCCUUGAAUUUCUGUGACAAUGCAAGACAUUUUUUCCUAUUUUCAUUUAAUACCGACAUCUUCUACUGACAUGAAUAAAACUUGGAACCAAUACAAUUAAGCUAGUAUUUACUCUGAAUGUAAGUGUCUCAUAAAGCAGAGUUGUCCAGGAAGCCUGCUUUGGGAUUCUGAAGACUUAACUCCUCAUCUUAAAGUGUUUCUUUUUAACCUCUGUUAGCCUGUAGGAGUUUAAUAAAUGGACAUGAUUAAACAUUUUUAAACAUCUUACACCACAAAUCAUCAAAUGACUCCCACAGUUUAUUCGAUGAUCAGUAAGUGAUAGCUACCCCCCACUGUCAAUACCCACAGAAAAAAAGGACUGAAAGCCAGUUGUAUUCAGUUUUUAAGAGGGUUAAAUUUCAGCACAUUCUCAGAAAUUGUAAUUUUUUAUUACUUGAAAAUUAAAAGCUGUGGCAUGAGAAGAUGGAUUGCAACUUCUUGGGAAGAGAAGAAUUCUCAGAGUAGAGAGAAAAGAGCACACAUGACACCCAUCAGUGGAAAGUGAGUUGUCCAAGGACCACUGUCUGGACAGUCCCAGCAAACCCUCCCUUUGGUCAGAAGAAUGGGGGGCGGGGUCUCUGCAGCCCAGAGAGGGGGUGGGUACCCUCUACCGCUGGGCCACUUCCGAAUCCAGCGAGCCAGUCCGCUUCCCAGGGCAGGGCCCACCCCACUCCUACCUUCUUUGUGUUAAGAAGGCGUGGGCCUCUCCUGUGCUUUUUCUCUGAAACACCAAAGGCCGUUCAAGCCAGGUACAAGUGACUUGCCAGGUCAUAUUUAAAAUCAUUUCCUCCAACAUCGGUCCUGUCCUCUGUCCCUGAGUUUUCAAGGGCACUUAUUUCUCCUCUUUCCUUUUUGCUCUUUGUAUUUUAUGGCCCUCAUCGAACCUCAUGGCUCAGGCUCAGUACUCGCCUAGGAGAAGCUGGCCCAGGAGCCAGCGGUCCCUGGGCUCACUCCGCCCUGCGUCUGGAGAAGACCCAAAAAGUUGGAAAAGGAGGCAUUGUGGAGCAUGUGGUGAAUGUGGAGCUUCUCUGCGUGUUUCUUUUAGAAUCACACUGUUUGCUCCACACCACCUUUUAAACAUUCAACAAUAUGAAAAUGUUGAAGAGAAUGAGGCUCUAACAAAAAAACGGUUGUUGUUUUUUUUCUGCGUAGGAAAAUAAGUUUAUUCCCUGGCUGGGUGUGGGGUGUCUUGCCUACUGGUGGGGUGCACCCACAUUUCCUGUCAUUGGCCGAGGCAGCAUGGAAGAGGACAGGCUGAGGUGAAGACACUGGUCCCCGUGGCGCUCGCCCUGAUUCUCUGUUAUCGCUGGGAGCCUCUCAGGCCCUUCCUCCCUACGUGCUGAGCGGUCCCAGCUCUGGGCCAGAGCCUCUCACCCCUCUCAUUUGCCAAAGUCUUUGUCAGACCUUUACGCUCAUUACUAACACCUGUGCUUGCCAUGCUCCGAGUGGGCGCUUCUCUCCAUGAGAGGAGGGAGGGGGAGAGAGAUCAAUAUCAGUCGGAAGCACAUGGAUUCCAGGUUUGUGCCAGAACCUGUGCCUGGUUCUUGGAAAGGAGAACAUCUGAAGAGAAAGAGAAAAGGUUUAUAAUGUAUCUUAAGCAUUGUGUUACUAUAUAAUACUGACAAUUGUAGCGAUAACUAAGAGUCUCUUGGAAAAAAAAAUGUCAAAUAUGUGUUUUCUGAUGCACCUUUGACUAAAAUAUUGACUUUAGAAAUAAAAACAUUUUUAUUUUGCUA